CACCGGAAGUAGCGAGGUGAAGCGGAAGAGACUAACUAUAAGCCUGUUGUUCAGGUCUUCGCUGUUGGUGCGACUUACUCCAUCUAGAACAGCGGAUAUUUGCUUUGUAGCCCAACCUAAUAUGGAUAGAUAGUUCCAGUUCUAUUCGGUGUACAGAUGUGGUGCCUGCCAAACAGUCAUAAAUACUGCAACAGUGCCUCAAUUUAACUAACAGACAAGCACAUUGUCUCGUGGAUUCACAACUUCUCCAGUGUCUGCCAUGGCAAACAACACCAAUGCAACAGUAAAGGUUCUGGGCACACCAGGCCCAGCUGGCAGAAGCAGCCCUGAGGGAUCUCAGGUCUUGAGCAAGAAGAAGCUGCAAGACCUUGUGAGGGAAAUCGACCCAAAUGAGCAGCUGGAUGAAGAUGUUGAGGAGAUGCUGCUACAAAUUGCAGAUGACUUCAUAGAGAGUGUAGUGACAGCUGCUUGUCAGCUCGCCCGCCAUCGUAAAUCCAACACCUUGGAGGUGAAAGACGUCCAGUUACAUCUUGAACGGCAGUGGAACAUGUGGAUUCCUGGCUACGGCUCAGACGAGAUCCGGCCCUUUAAGAAGGCGUGCACGACAGAGGCUCAUAAACAGAGAAUGGCUCUGAUCCGCAAGACAACCAAAAAGUAGCGGCUCUGUUUACUAAAAUAUGUUGUAUCAAUCCUGUGUUUUCUUCGUGUUUGGUUCCCUUUUUUUUUGGUCUGGUUAAAACUCUAAAACGGAAUUUAUUGUCUCUUGAAAUUUGAGUGUUUUGGCAAAAAAAAAAGUAAUGAUGUAAAUCUUGUUUCAGUGCUGUUCAUCUGAACAUGCAUUUUUGUCAAUAAACAAUUGAACGUG